GUUCCAAUAUUGAAUCUGCUUCUUUGACCACAUUUGUAGAGCUGUGCUUUACUUUGACACUUGCCACGUUUUUUUGGGGGGGUGGGGAACUGCAAUGUGAGCCCGUCUCUCCACUGGGUGUCAGUCAGGGGGCGGACACACAGGAAGAGCUUUAGGAAAAACCCCGUCAGAGUGAAUGAGAGUAUCAGUCAUAUUUCUGCAACCGCUGCAGACGGGAGUCGUGGAGCUUGGCGGGGAAGACAGCUAUAAAUAGACAACAGUCGCCUGAAUAGAGCUGAUGUUCACAUUCCCCCGAGCCAGGACAAAGCUCCUCUGCUUUAGCUAGGAAAUCAGGCGAUCGCUCUCUUCCAUUAUGUUGGAGAUCAGCGGCAAGGUACUCAAAGAAGGUCUGCUGGAGAAAAGAAGCGACGGUCUGCUGCAGCUGUGGAAGAAGAAGCAUUGCAUCCUGACGGAAGAGGGGCUCCUGCUUCACCCCCCGAAACAGCAUGACCACACGCACAACCAGCACCACCAGAUGAGCCCCUCCAGCGAGCCCGGCAAAAUCAAAGAGCUCCACUUCUCCAACAUGAAGACGGUGGACUGCGUCGAGAGGAAGGGCAAAUACAUUUACUUCACGGUGGUGAUGAUAGAAGGCAAAGAGAUUGAUUUUCGAUGUCCGCAGGACGAAGGCUGGAACGCCGAAAUUACUUUACAAAUGGUGCAGUAUAAGAACAGACAGGCUAUCCUGGCAGUGAAAUCGACGAGGCAAAAACAGCAGCUCCUGGUGGUUCAGUUGCCAGGGCACAAAAUGAUCAGAAACUCCCAAAAUUUAGCAUGAUCUCCUGCUGGGCAUACAACAUCUGCGGUUACUAAACGGGGCUCUCGGCGGAAGGAUCAAAGCAGCCUGCUUAUAGUCGUCCGUUGAUGCGCUAACUAAAGGCUGUCUGUCACAUCUCUGUCAAUAUUCCUACCGAGUGGUGGUCCUAAGGAAAACAUCCAUUUCCACGACGGUUAUCUUUUUUUGUAGACUUGGCUAUGAACAAAAGACGUAUAGCUUUUCAACAUGGAAGAAAUAUUAACUUUGUAUUUGAGCGUGCUAUGUUAUUAUUGUAUUUAUUGCAAUGUUUCUUUUAUGUUUGACAUUUAUGAAUGUGAGAUCGCAGAGGAGAGAAAACAGCUUAAGAUUUUAAUGAAAAUAAAUCCACACAAUAAAAUACAAUUUUUCGGAUAUUUUCCACCAUAUGAAAACUCAGUGGUGCUAUUCGCGCUACUGUAAAAUUGCUAACAAAAUAUACACACAUCGGUGUUUCAAAACGCGGCCGUAUAACAAAUUUUCUAACCUCGACCAAGAAAUACCUGCUGUGAAUUGCUUUGACAGCAUUCUGCCUGUAAUUCUUGUCAUCUCUGGGAAAGUAUAACCCUUUCCUUCGAGCAUAGAAAGUGCAACUGUCUUGAGAUCCUGUUUUAGAGGAACCGAUAUGUGCGCGCAGUACUGUGACAUAACAGACCAGUUUGCAUAGAUUGCAGAAGCUGGUUCUUCACUUAACAAAAAAUAAUUGGAAUAAUAGUAAUAAAAAAAUGCACAUCUCUAUUUAUUCCCGACUUUCAAAUUAAAUAAAAUACGUUGCAGUGCAACAAAUAAAAAAAAAAAGUAUGUAACGGAUGAAUAUUGAACCAAAGACCUAAAUCCCGUAUAACUGUCUAUGAAAUGAAGCACAAUUUUAAGAUGAUAUUAUUUUAAAAAACGCGAAACGAAAUUUUCUUCGACAAAUUGUUGGAAAACUAUGCCAAAAAUAGUUUUACACUGAACAUUUUAUCUCUUAAUCUAGUAGCCGCUUUAGCAGUUUAUUUUUCUGAACCAGAUGUUUUUCAAUUCACUCUAUAGCACUCACAUGAUCGUUUGAAAACAAAGCAAUUCAGUACGGCUUCUAAACUGUAACUACUGUUAUUUAUCUGUUGUAUUAUGCCUCUCACGUAGAGCACUGUACAUUCAUUUUGGGAGUACUGUUAAGUUAACUGUUGUGACGUUUUUGUGAAGCUAUUAUUUUAUUACUCACAUGUAAUUCAGCAGUGUCCACUGUUGGUUCUGGUAGUAUGAGAACUAUUUUCGUAAUUCUCAGAAAACUGUCUGAUUUAAGAAAACAAUCUUUGUGGUAUAUUGGAAAACUGGAGUAUUCAUAUAAAAAGUUUGGCCUACUUUUUUGCAAAAAUGAAAACAGUGUUUGACAAUAAAAAUAGGCAAAUAUAAUUAUAUUUACAUGAAUCAUCCACUUUUUCAGCUGUGUUUUUUGCACUCUCCAUGCAGUAACCAGUGUGAAACUUCGCAUUUCUGUCAACAAAUUCACAUGGACCACUUUAUUAUCAUAAACAAUGGAAUUCUUAUUCACAAGGAUAUCUCUAUUAUUGAUUGAGGUCAUCCAGAGUGUGUAGUUGUGGCUUUUUGUGCUCCAGAUGUCUGCAAAUUGACAUAUCAAUGUGCCCUUUUGGCAGAAGGAAUUUACUGUAUUAUGUUAGUAUUUGCUACCGGUAAGCUACAGUGUUCAGUAUUCACAAUGUAAAUAUAUUAGUUGGUUUCUGUAUAUCGAGCUGAAACUCUGGUGCCCAAAGGCUCUUUACAAGUACCUUACGUUUUCAUUCAUCACUGCAACAUGUGAGUAAUUAGCUAAAGUUCACAGAUGAUGAAAAUAAUGUUGAUAAACGAACAUGUGCUAAUGGCGAACUCAAGUCAUUGACAAUGAAAUGCUUGCAUUCCUAAAUACUCUGCUGUAAGAGCAUGGUAAAAGGUAGAACGACAGUAGGUAGAUCAGGUACUUUCCAAUCUGGUUUCGUCUUGAGUAAAGCCAUCUAUAUUUAUUUAUUAUCAAAUUACCUUAGUUGGUUUCAUAAGCUCUGAGACAUUAAAGAACUGACACAUAGUACACUGUGUAUGUGUGUGUAUGUAAUGUGCUUGAAACUGACCUAUUUAAAAACUGUACCAUGAAUCCAGCCCUUUGUUUCCAACAUGAAAGUAAUUUUAAUAAACGUUACCGUCUGAAUUAUAUAUAUAUAUGGCAGUGUGAAUUCAUCUUGCUGUGCCUGGGAUUUGUCCCCACAGGGCCACAGGGAUUUAAUGAAGGAAAUGUCUCAAAAGAUGAUUGUGUACUAGUUUUAAAACAAGGCCUCGUCCAUGAUUCCCUUAGUCCUGUCAAAACUGGCAGUUCUGCUCUUUGUCCUGCUGUGUAGUUCACUGCACAUACCUCACUCAGAACUUUAGAAACGAUUCUGUAGAAACAGGUAAACAUGACCAACCCUGCCGUUUUAAUUCCCGUCACUGUGUCAAGCAGUUUUCUCUUAAAUAGUGGUAGAAUGAUACUCAUACUGGUAUGUCAACAUGGGAUACUGAUGAUCUGCCUACGGAAAGAGAAAGAAAAGGAAUGCAGAAAGAUCCAAUUCACUGGUUAGUUAGAAUGCUGGCAGAGAGAGAAGCAAGUCCAUUGGGCUGUGGAAUUUGAAUCCAGUAAACAUUUGUGCAAAUUCUGUACAAACACAUCUAUGGUGCCUCUACAAGGAGGAUGUCAAAGAUGCAAAGUGCAAAGAAGUGAAUACAUUUCUGGAUAAUUAGACUUAUACUAUGGUAUUAUUUACACAAGUGUUUAUCUAAGACAUGAAGUCUUAACUUCACCAUCCUUUAUUUCACAUACUGUAAGCCUCUACAUAUCAGUCUAUGAAAAGAGGGUGAAUUACUGUACUCAACAUAAUGGCACAGUCAGAGUACUAACCAUAGCACCUUAUUGUCUUUAUGCAGUGUAAUUAUAAAAAAAUGCUUUCCCUCCUAUAUUGUUCUCACAUUUAUGGAAUGUAAUACUCACACAUUUUAUGUAAUGUCCAUUUUUAAAACUAUGUAAUUCCUGUAAAUAUAUGCUCACGAAUAAAUCUAAAGUAAUUUA